UGCCAGAAUAUAACACUAUUUGCUACCGCCGUGCCUUCGUGUCAUCCACCGACCGCCAACCCUCUUCCCCUGCGACUUCCAAUUGGCGCGCUUGCUCGUCUCGGCAAAUUUGAAAGAAGCUAAUCAUCGCUCCCUGGCGGUGCUUGCGCGCCUGCCUGGAUUUUUGGAUCUUGUAGGGAAGCUUAAGAGGCGAUUCAGCUCGUUCACUCGGACGUGCAAACACAUGCCGCAAUUGAUGGAUGAUGUUGAGGGGGACGCGGGCAGCACGGAGGCGGACGGAUUGUUGAAUGGGAAUGGAAACGGUCACCACGCAUCUUAUGGAGGAGCGCAAGAACGCCCGCGCAAGCCCAGGAGGAGAUCCCAUACAUUUUGCAGCUACUUGUACCACAAGCUCCGGAUCGUCCUGACUAGCAAUUAUGUCAACGUCUUCUUGGUCUUCGUUCCUCUCGGCAUUCUCGCUGGCGAACUCGGUUGGCCAUCGACGGCUAUUUUCGUUCUCAACUUCUUGGCCAUCAUUCCGCUUGCGGCGCUGCUGAGCUUUGCCACGGAGGAGCUUUCUCUCGAGGUUGGCGAGACGCUGGGUGGUCUGAUGAAUGCUACCUUCGGCAAUGCGGUUGAACUGAUUGUCAGUGUUGUCGCCCUCACCAAGGGUGAGAUUCGCAUCGUGCAAGCCAGCAUGUUGGGCAGCAUUUUGUCGAAUAUUUUACUGGUUCUAGGAAUGUGUUUCUUCUUUGGCGGAUUGAAAUACCACGAGCAGACCUUCAACAGCACGGUAGCUUCAACGAUGUCAUCCCUGAUGGCAGUGGCAACCUCAUCGUUGAUCAUCCCCGCCGCUCUUUACGCUACUAUGGCCAAGACGGAGAAGCCCGACUUCGACCAGAUUCUGCUUUUGUCGAGGGGAACUUCCAUCGUCAUCCUGAUCCUCUAUGUCAUGUACCUGGUCUUCCAGCUGAAGACUCACACCGACCUCUUCGUGGGCACCAACGACCUGGACGAGAAUGGGGAGCCAGUGACACCUGAGCCGGCGUUGCUCACUCCCUGGGAAGCUGGUAUCGUCUUAGUCCUCGUGACGGUCCUCGUGGCUAUCUGCGCAGAGUACUUAGUCGGAUCGAUCGAGGGAAUCGUAAAGACUUCCGGGAUCAGUAAGACGUUCAUCGGAUUGAUUCUCAUCCCGAUCGUGGGCAAUGCGGCGGAGCAUGUCACUGCCAUCGUGGUGGCGAUGAAGGACAAGAUGGACCUGGCUAUUGGAGUGGCUAUCGGGAGUAGUAUGCAGAUUGCACUCCUCGUUACGCCGUUCCUGGUCAUCCUCGGAUGGAUCAUUGGUCAGCCGAUGAGUCUGUAUUUCCAGACAUUCGAAACGGUGGUGUUCUUUGUGAGCACCUACCUCACCUACUACGUUGUCCAGGACGGAAAGAGCAACUACCUUGAGGGGGCAAUGCUGCUCGGAAUUUACACCAUCAUCGCCCUUAGCUUCUACGUCUAUCCCGACAAUGGCGGCGACCCCGGCACCCCUUCAUAGGUGCCACCCACGGACGAGUGGACUCCCUCGAUAAUAGCAGAAAUUGCGUUUUCCUUUUGUCAUUUGCACGAUCACAAGCGGAUCACGAUAUCUCACAGGAGAAUUUCCUUUGUUUCGAUCCGUUUCUUCUUUUUCUGAGAUUGGUUCGCGGGGCCGGAUCACCAGUCGC